AUGCUGUCGGCUACGGAGCAGGCGGCUUAUGGCAGUAUUCUGUCGCCAUAUAGCUUCGACAUCCCUCACGCGUUCGUCUACAAUGACAGCCCCUCCGCGGAGCAGCUUUUCUGUGGCCCCUACCUGGAGAUGGCCAUGAACUUUGCCGAGGUGAAUCGCUAUCGACUGCUGCUGGACGAGUUGGAGAGCUUGCCCAAGAAGUCUGCGAUCGAGCAGGAUAUUGUCAAUGGACAAUACGAUAUUUCAAUACACGGGGUACUCAUCAGACCCGUGAAGGAGGAGAAAUUUGCGGAGGAAAUGCGUUACAGCUAUCCGUUGGAGCUGAUGAUGAACUGUGUGAUGGUGCCGCUGGACCCGGAGCUGCCCAAGUGGAUGUACGUGGUCUGGCCCCUGGGCAAGUACAUCUGGACCAGCCUCUUUCUUGGCAUAUUCUACGUGGCCUUUCUGCUCAGAUAUCUGCACUGGCGUGAGACGGCGCAGGCGACACGAUCCUACACCAGGAACAUGCUCCAGGCCAUGGCCAUCCUGAUGUUCAGCCCCAACAUGAACAUGAAUCUAAGGCUGAGCCAGGCCACAUUGCGCGUGAAUCUUUUCUACACACUGCUCUUCACCCUCGGCUUCAUUCUCUCCAACUAUCACUCCAGCCACAUGACAGCCUACGACAUGAAGCCAGUGUUUACUCGUCCAAUUGAUUCCUGGGCGGAUUUGAUUAUCUCACGACUGCCCAUCAUUCUGCCCGAGUCGUUGCUGGAGGAGCUGCGCUCGCUGCCCAUUGACUACCAGGCUCUGCUGGCGAGUCCCUCGCGCUCUUAUGCCUAUGUGGUAACGCAGGAUACCUGGAAGUUCUUUAACCGCCAGCAGCGUGUCCUCAUCCAGCCCCAUUUCCGUUUGUCCUCAGUGUGCUUCGGCGGGCUCUACAAUGCGAUUCCCAUGCGAAGGAAUGCGACCUUCGCCCUGCAGCUGGAUCGAUUCAUUCUGUACGCUUGGCAGGCCGGUCUCUGGAACUACUGGGAGGAUGUGGCCUUUCGCUAUGCCGUUCGUGGCGGCUAUGCCCAGAUCUUUCUCGACACUUACCCUGUGGAGCCACUGGAUCUGCAGUUCUUUACCACAGCCUGGCUGGUGCUAGUCGUCGGCUUCCCCGUAAGCUUUCUCGCCUGGUGCAUUGAGAUUUGUAUGCAUCGGCGAUACGCGAGGCGGGUCCACUACGAUCGCUUUGAAUGCUACGAUGACAACUCGGCUCAUCAGUUAUCAGUUUGA